ACCAACUGGACAAGCAGGCCCGGUCCGGUUUCACGGCGUCGCACAACGACUCCGUCGAAACCUGCGUCUGCUCUCCCAGCAUCGCGGAGGACUCCCACGUUUUCGCCGACGCGAUCUUCACUCACACGAAGAGACACCUCUAACGUAUCUUCAUUCUCGUCGCUGUCGAGGACGUUGUUGUGAUCUUUUACACGACUUUCGAGAAAUGUUCGACCGUCGAACUCCGAAAUAUGUGAGAGUGCAUCGUUUAUUCAUAAAGCGGGGACUUUGAAAAGAUGAGUAUGAAAUCCGGAUUCGAAGUACUUCGUAGUGUGACAUCGUCAGGAAGUCUACGAGGCAAGAUAAACCGAGGACGAAAGCGGGAUGAGGUAUAGGAAACCGUUUGUAAACAACCCGCAAAAAACUGUUCCGUCGGAAUGAAGCGGAGUGAGGUUUAGCCGGUGACAGAACUCCGCGAGACGCCGAGACGUGACCGUCGGAAGUGUGAUAUACUGUGAACGAAAAUUCGUCAACGAAGAAAUUGUCACAUCGUCUUACACUAAUUCAUCAUGUACGUUAAAAAGAAAUCGUGAAGCUCGCACAGGUAGCGACUGACACAAUUCUGAGGAUGAUGUCCAUCAAUGCUAGACAGAAUCUCUUCUAUAUGGUAAUUUAUUUAUAAUGAUAUUACACAUCAAAAGAAAAACUCAACAUCAGUUUAAAGAAAUGUCUUCUUAGGAAGAAGAAGGCAUCAUGAAAACACGGCCGACGAAAGUUCCAUUGUGAUCGAAUUGAGGAAAACUGGAUCUGUCAUUGAGCGAGGUGUCUUCUCUCAGGAAAACAUGUCGACCGCAUCUCCGGCCCCACCGAUAGGUCUGGACACCGGGUCGGAAUCGGAGAUCAGAUCGAACCAUCUGAUCUCCCGGCUGGAUCAGGAUCCGGAAGACGCGGAGAAACGUGAUCGGGCGCGAAGAACGGAGUGCAGCAACGCGGACAGCGACUGCGAGAGCGACACCAGCGAGGUACUCAGCGUUGGCAGUGAACCCACGCCAACCAGCGUGGUCGGAGUGCGCGUAUGCGGGACUAUGAGGUAUCACGAUCAGGAAUCCGCGAGUUCCGGUCGCGGCGAGUUCCGCGACGAGGAGAACACGAGAACGUCGGAGACGCCGUCGCCAGCUAGCUCCGCCAGCUGCAACGACCUGUAUUAUCAGCGUACGUCCGGUAAUCACGUAUCGGCGCCGAGUCCGCCCGGCUACAGUCAACCACCGUCAUCUCCCACGGCGUCUUCCGUCAGGUCCCCGGCUUCCUCCUCGGCCACCGCCUCGUCGCCAGGUCGGCCGGAGGCGAUCCAAGAGGCUAUCGUACCCAGGUAUCAAUCUGGUCAUCAGCAACACCUACUUUCCCGAUACUCCUCCAGAGAAUCCGAGAUCUCCGAUUAUCCAACGCGGCUCCAGCACGGCUUAGGUCACGAGAUCGUUUAUCCUACCGUGGAGAGGUUACAUCGUACGCCCAUAAACGUACCUCUGGUAACGAGGCUCUCCUUGUCACCGCCGUCGGCCAUGACGGUAGCCGGACUCCAGGCAACGACACCCGGUGUUCUCCAUCCUGCCGCCUGUAGAGACCCGCGGGAGACUGCCAGCACGUUGAUGCCGCAUCACAGCCAGCAUCUACAUCACCCGAACUCUCACACGCAUCUGCAACAGGGCUCGCAAGUGCAGCACGUUCCGGCGAAUUCGGUGCACCAGCAUCGACUCUCGGUCAGCAAGCUUCUGCAACGGGAGCCGGGCAGUCCGGCGUCGCCGACCGGCACCAGGGAAGAGAACGGACGUACCCUGCCGGCCGCGAACAGCAUACCGAACAGUAUCGGUAACAACGGCAACCAUCACCACAACAAUCACAACAACAAUAACAAUCUGCAACAUCAGGCGGGCCUGAAGUUCAGCAUAGACAAUAUUCUGAAGGCGGACUUCGGCAGGAGAAUCACGGAUCCGAUCUCCCUGAAGAAGUCGCGCCCGAAAAAAGUGUCCUCGAGGCCGAUUGAUCUAACCAAGGACUUCCUAGAGUCGUCCUCCGACACGUCGGAGAGGAGCAGCUCGGAGACGACGACGACGACGACGACCAACGCGUCCCCUACCAGCGUGUCGACCGGAAAUUCGACGUCCAACUCGACUGGAACGACCGGGACCGAUCCUGGGAAGAUGUUGUGGCCUGCGUGGGUCUAUUGCACCAGAUACUCGGAUCGGCCUUCCUCUGGACGAAGUCCACGUACGAGAAGAGUGAAGAGGACGGAUGGACGCGGUGGUGGUACCCCUGAAGAAAAACGUCCCAGGACGGCGUUUAGCGGCGAGCAGUUAGCGAGGUUGAAGAGAGAAUUCGCGGAGAACCGAUACCUCACGGAAAGACGGAGGCAGCAGCUCUCGAGGGAUUUGGGCCUGAAUGAGGCGCAGAUCAAGAUCUGGUUCCAGAACAAGAGGGCGAAAAUCAAGAAAGCAAGCGCAAAAAAUCCUCUCGCGCUCCAGCUGAUGGCACAGGGACUUUACAAUCACUCGACGGUACCGCUUACUAAAGAGGAGGAAGAACAGGCCGCGGAGCUCCAAGCGAAAUGACGUAUGCAAAGUUAAACGGAAAUAUUCGACGAAAUGUUAGUAAGUAACUUUGAGCCCUCAAUUUUCGUAUUUCACCCCAAAGAUGUUACAAGCGAAGAUCAAAUUAUCCUCUUUAUUUCGUUUUAAUCCUUCGCGUCGAAAAAUCGAGAGAAGGCAAAUUCAAAUCUCUGGAAAAUAUACUUGGAUAGUUAGAUUAAAAAAUUCUUUCAAUACGAAUAAAAAAACGUUUGAUAAUAUUAAAAUUUCACGGAGCGAUCUUUUUUUUUUUUAAUCAACCAUUUUUUACAAAAGGGAAUCUCACGUGCGGAUAUCACAUAGAAAAUAUUUUUGUCCAGUUUACUAAUUAUGCAAGUUUCUGAAAGCAAGUCAUAAUUAACCAAAGCGGUGUAAAUUUUCGUGUUAUUUAAGAAAAAAAAAAGAUAAAUAUGUGGUAUAUUAUAUACUUGGAAGAGUCAUAUUGGCCAAAAAGAAUUAAUAAAAAAAAAAAAAAAGAAAGCUUGCUGAGCGGGCCGAAAGUCGUCUGCCAUUUUUCUUCCUUAAAAUGAAAGACUGGAGUAUUUAUUUCGUUAGAUGUACUAGAGUGACAACUCGUUAGACAGCAAAACGAAUCAACUCGAGGAAUUUCUUCUGUUCUGUAAUUAGAGCUUCCGAAUAGAACAGCAUUUUUGACGUAAGUCGCUCGUCCUCGUUCGACAGUUAAUCGCGAGAAAAAAGGAAAUUAGUUACCGAGAUGGCUACGUGAAUAUGUUACGGUCGCGCGCCGUUUCUUGCCAUCGCUUUGAAAGGUGAGAAGAAAUAAUAUAAAAACGGCACACGUUCCUAGAUCACAGCGUACACAUGAUUGGAUCAGAUUUUGUGUCGAAGGAAAGAAAUCAACGAGAUAUAUAGGAUAUACCGCAAAUCUAAUCAGAUUUUCUGGGAUAUUCUAUUCUUGUCGUAAAAAGGAGAAAAAACGCGGCUAAUAAUAUCGCAAUAUCGUCGGAAGAGUGAAAAUUUUUUCCAAUCCUAAUUAUUAUUAUUAACGUAAUUUUUCUCUCGCACGCACAAAAUUUGAUCCAGUUUAAGAUAAAAAAUAAAAUAAUGUGUUCGAUUAGCGUACUGCGAUGACAUGCAACGGUUAAUUUGUCACGAAGGAGAUUAACAAGUGCCAUUUUUUGCAAUUUUUUCGGCAAGAUCAUUUACACGAAAACGGGGAUCGCCUCGUGAUGGAGGAACACAAUAGGAAUCGAGCGAAUAAGGGAAGGAGCGGGAGAAAUUAGAUUUUACAUUAAUUUAUUGUAAAAAUGUAAGAUAUUAUAUAACGCGAAGAAAAACCUGGAGUGAUUGCGACGUGCAAUAGAAUAUUAUACAUAUAGAAAGAGAAGCAAAUAGAGAUGAGCCAUGUAUAGGUGUGUUGUAUAUGUAAUCGCGGAGCGACUUGUACAUAAUUUAUCACUUAGCGGCGGCGUUGUGUCCCGAUAUAGACUGUUUAAAAUAUAACUUAGUUAUUUAUUUACGUAUGAUAUGUAUGAAUCGUAGCGAUCAUACGAACGAUCACGCGCGACAACUGAUACUUGUAAGAUUAUUUAAAUUCGAAUUAAAUAUUCCCAAUUAUCAAGCCA